AUGAACCGAAUGUUGGUGAUAUUUGUCCUCGGACUGAGCAUCUGUAGUGUUCAGUCCUUCUUCCUUCAUCGUAGACCUCGCCCCUGGGCACCCAACCUGCCAUUUGGGCACACGACUCUGGUUCAUGACUGGGUCCAGCUAGAAUACGACUGGCCCUCUGAGGCUGAGAAACAGAGAGCAAUAGCCAGCGGCAGAUACAUCCCAGAGAACAAUGUCUUCACUGGUAUAAAAGUCUACAAGGGUCGUAUUUUCGUCACCGUGCCGAGAUGGAGGCUCGGCGUCCCGGCAACGUUGAGCGAGGUGAUUGUCAAAAAUGGCCGCCCGGUUCUUAAACCUUUCCCCAGCUGGGAGAUGCAGAAUCUAAACAACUGUGCCGCCUUCCAGUAUGUGAUGAGUAUGGAAGUGGAUCCGAAGACGGGACUGAUGUACAUGGUGGACACUGGCCGCAUCAACACGUUUGCGCCACCGGGCACUGAGACACUGAACCUCUGCCCUCACCAGAUCUUCAUCUACGACCUUGAGCGGGACUGCUUCGUCCAGAACCACACCUUUCCCGAAUCCGUGGCCCGGGCCACGAGCACUUUCCUUAACGACGUUGUCAUUGACGACCAAGGAUAUGUGUUUGUCUCCGACGCUGGGGGCAAUGGCGGACUCGUGGUGUACGAUUCCAGAAGAGACCGUUCUCAUCGUCACGAGCAUCCCUCCAUGGACGUAGACACGGACCCGGCAGCCAGAACCUUCCCAACAAACACUGGUUACAGCAACGAGACCUAUUUCUUUGACGUUCCUAUGGAUGGAAUCGCUAUGUCUUCAGAUUACAACUUCCUGUACUACUGCGUGCUCACAGGCUUCGACCUGUUCCAGCUGCCCACCAGCCUGGCCCGAGAUCCAAACGCUGACAUCGGCAACGCCGUGCGAAGCGUUGGCAGGAAGUUGGGUCAGAGUGGAGGAAUCACACACGGUGAGAACAACUUGUACUAUGGUGUCCUUCCCAGAAACGCCGUGUAUUACUGGCCGAAAACUGAUGACCAGCGACGCCAAGGUAGACCUGAGCACAGCGUUAGGAUGAAAACACAACUGGAACUAGUUCAGGACACCGAAACGCUUCAGUUCCAGGACACGUUUGGCUGGGACGACAGUGGCUUCCUCUGGCUGACCACAAACCGACUUCUUACCUUCCUGGACAUGGAGGGCGGUGGUCUUGACUUUACAGGAAGGCGGGGCCCUAACUACCGAAUCUACCGCUUUUACGUGGGCGAACAGUCGUAUCUAAAACGUGGAGUUCCACUCCGGGAGCCCAGAGAAUAUAAAUGUAGCUUUAGAGUGAUCCGCAGAAAAGCCAGACUGGCUUGCAAAAACGAAAGCAUCUUAAGAAACAUCCAAUGUUUCUUCAGAGCUAAGAGAGAUCCAGCUAUAGUCUACAGCUGCUAA